AUGACGUCGGUGAAGUUAGCACCAUAUUCGAGUAAAAGCUUUCCAUAUUCGUUUAGGAAUGCGUUCCAACCGUUCCAAUCAGCGUUCCAAGAUCCAACUAAACCAGUUUCUGUCAAUCAUUUCAGUGCGACAAAAAGUUCGACUAGACCAUCGAAGUCAGCGUCAUUGCCUCGAAUUAACGCUGAUCGUGAUUCCCAUCAACAGCAAAGUUCUGAUGAAUCUAAUGUUCGAUCAUCAACUGAAGUCAAUGACAUGCGACAACAACUCGAUGGACUGAUAAACGAACUGAUCAGUUUGAAACGAAAAUUCAAUAUAGAGGAAACCGAUGGCGAUCUUGAAAGAAUGGCUCAUUUAGAAGAACAACAAACAAUAUUAAACAGAAAAUAUGAAGAAGAAAGACAACGUGUCGACAAACUUCAUCGUCAAUUUGAAAAAUUUCAUGAUCAAAGAAAAUCUUCUGAAAAACAUAAUCAACAAGUACAACACUCGAACCAGAAAUCGAUCAAUGUCAAAGAAUUACAUGAUCGCGUUUUAAACCUUGAAAUGUCUUUACGUAGCUUACCAGGUGGAUUAUUUCAAGGUGCAGUUGAUAAGGAUAUUGCCCGAGAACCGAUUCGUGAUACUAAUGAGAAAGUAAAAAUACAAUCGAAUCAUUCAUUAACAAGAUUAGAAAAGCUUCCGAAUUCUCUUGUUCAUACUGAUGAUCAUCAAUCAGCUAAUGAAACAAUCAAUACGAAUAAUUCAUUCCACGAUCAAUUGAGCGUACUAACCCAAUCAACGGGAAAAGAACUCAUUCGCCCUGCAAAAUCUAGCCAAGGAUCGGUAUCACAAAUGAACAACCAUUUUGAACAACGUCUCAACGAUCUUGAACAUCAACUAAAAAUUUUCCCUUCGCCAUCUAAUCUCGUUCUAAUUGAAGAACGUCUUGCACGACUUGAAAAUCGCCCUCGUCAUAUUAAUCAUCAUCAAACGGCACCACAACAGAGUCAAGCCACGGAAAAGUUAGAGCCAAUGCUUGAACUAAACGAACGAAACCUAAGCGAGCAGAGAAUUUCGCAAAUAUUUGCUGAUAUCGAAGAACGAUUGCAACAGCAAUACCAAACCUUUUCUGAUCAAAUUAAGAGUUUGCUGGAAAACAAAUCAGACCAUCAACUAGUCGGUCGACCCAUUCAGGAAAGUGAAACAUACAAAGAUCAAAAGAUUCUUGAGUUACAACAAUCUGUCAAGGAAAAUCCCUUAAAUAAUUUUAAUCGCAAGUCAAAUCAGCAACCAACAACAACAUCACUCCUGUCAUCAGAAGAAAAUUUCUAUUCUAAAAAAGAUCUACUUUGUGAUGAUCUGAAUACAAAAGAACUCCAAGUAAUUAUGCCAUUUAUCGAAGCUUUGCCAAUGUUCUAUAUUUGUGAUGAAAAUGAAUGGAACUAA